AUGGGCUGCUAUGAACUUCUAGGUGCAGGUUUUGUUAUGGAUAAAUUUUCAGCUCAUUUAGGCAUUCUUACAAGAAUGAACCAGUGUGCAGCAUCAAAAAUUGAUAAAAAUGUAACAAAAGAAACAGUAAAGAUGCUGUUCUCAAACAUUGAAGAUAUCCUUGCUGUACAUAAGGAAUUUUCAAAAGUCGUGGAAGAAUGCCUGCAUCCAGAACCUAACGCUCAACAAGAAGUGGGAACCUGCUUUCUUCACUUUAAAGACAAGUUUCGUAUAUAUGAUGAAUAUUGUAGUAACCAUGAGAAGGCAGAGAAAUUGGUUCUCGAACUUAACAAAAUAAGAACAAUCUGCACAUUUCUUUUGAACUGCAUGCUACUUGGAGGACGGAAGAAUACAGAUGUUCCCCUGGAAGGAUAUUUAGUAACACCAAUACAAAGAAUUUGCAAAUACCCUCUCAUUUUGAAGGAGUUGCUGAAGCAGAGUCCAAGGAAACACAGUGACUACGCAGCGGUAAUGGAAGCCCUCCAAGUCGUGAAAGCUGUCUGUUCCAACAUAAUCGAGGCCAAGAGGCAGAUGGCAGUCUCACAUUGAAGGCUGGGAGGGAUCCAAUAUCAUCGACACCUGCACUGAGAUGCUAAUGUGUGGCAUCUUGCUGAAAAUUUCUUCUGGAAAUAUUCAAGAACGGGUGUUUUUUCUUUUUGAUAAUCUUCUGAUGUAUUGCAAAAGGAAACACAGGUAUACAAUAGAGGGAUUCACCCCCCCCCCCACACCCCAACUACUGUCAGCUCCUGUUGCCACGCACUGAUUUGCGUUGGAGACCCAGGUGCACCUCCUCCACCCCAACUACCACAGCUCCUGUUGCCAGGCACUGGUUUGCGUUGGAGACGGAACCCUCAUAGGGGUUCCAAGCAGUUACUAGUGGCCCAGAAGACCCUGGUGAUCAGAGACAAAGCCACAAGGCUUUUUGGAUCCAGCUGGUGGCCAUCCAAAUGUCUCCGCACAUAGUGCUGGAGUCGCUGUGGGCUGUCCUGGAGCAGCUGUGGGCUGUUGGGUUGGUGAUAUAUGAAUGUUUGCCACAUGUGCCACGAGUGUCUGGGCUUGGCUGGGAGUUCCUGGUGUUUACUGCAGUGGUGUUGUUCAUUACAGUAAAGUAUGGACUCAGCUUAACAAGAAGAAAGGGGCAUUGUGCCCAGAAUGAAGUAUCUUUGAAAAGACAUGGUGAAUACUGACCCGGAUGCACAAGCCUGUGGAGACAUUGCAUCAUCUGAGUAGAAGGCCAGUACUCUCCCAUUACAGAUUCUUGCUCUGGCUGCCCUGAAUCAAAAUGUCGGGUACUUUUCCGUGGAAAACACUAUGCACCUGCUGAAGGGAGUUCGGGAAAGGCUGUUGAAGAACCCUCACCAGUUGACUGAUGAAAAUUCCAUCUCUGGAGCAGUCCAGGAAGAUGGAGAGAACCCCGUGUGAGGAAAAUACCAGAAGGCUUCAAGGCUUCAAGGACAGCCCUGAUCUGCAGGGAAGUGCAGACCCACCAGUCCAGGACACUGGCAGCUGUGGACAGAGAGUGCAGGAAGAGGCAGGGGAAGCAGGCGGGCCCAAGCUUCCUGAUGGAGGAGUGUGGGUGCAGGCCACCGGUGAGGGCCAGAGCCAACACCACACCCUCAGCCAGAUCCUACUGAAGUUGAUGCAUCUGCUGGAGCUGCUUAGAGAUCAUCUAGAACGUGGUGGCUCAAGGAGGCAGGUGGAGACUGGCUCCUCCUCCACUGAGGAUGUGCCCUCAGGCGGGAGCCUCGUGAACAAAGGAAAGCCUUCCAGGGCCCAGAAGAAGGCAAGUCAGAGGAAUGAAGAGCUCUCAAGGAACAAAACAAACCACCAGGCUGAGCAGAGAUCUUUUCACCUGCCAAACACCCUCCUCCUGAACAGUGAGAUUCAGAAGUUGCACCUGAAGCUGGAGGCAGAGCCUAAGCUAUGGGAAAAGCACAUCAAACACCUGGAGAGGAAGGUGAUGGAGGUGAAGGCACGCUGCCUGCAAGUGAAUAAGGAACUUGCCAAGGUGCACAAGAAGGCGGCUGCUGCCCACUGGGACUUAGGCCUCUACAGGUCCAUGGCCCAGGACCUGCACCGCCAGGGGCGGAAAAAUCUCCUCUUUGCAUGACCGUGAGCACCUCCUGUGGACAACAGAAGUAAGGAGAGCCAGAAAGCUGUUCUGUGGCCAGAGAGGGAGUUCCAAAGGCUCCAGGCACAAAAGCACUGCCUCAGGCAGAAGCUGGCCAACUCUGGGCCCAGGGUUUAGCCUGUCUCUGGGGGGGCCUCCUGCUCCUGCUCCUGCUCUUCUGGGCACAGCCCACAAGGGCCAAAGGCUCCCCUGAAUCCCCAGGAGCCCAAGAAGGGAGCAAGGGUGCACUGGCCAGACUCCCAAGUUCUUGGGUCCCCUGCAGGUCUGAUUCCCUUUCCCAGCAGCCACCAACACUCACAACCAGAGCCCAGAAGCUCCUGUGCUUACCCCUUAAGCCAUACCCAUUGCUCCUUUUACUGGAGAUCCACCCCAUUAUUGUACUAAUGCUACAUAUUCCCUAUAGCAUGUGAGAGAGUAUUUUUCAAUGUGAAGCAUACAAAAAAUAAAAAUAUCAAAUUGCUGAUA